ACCGCUCGCGUGGCUGCUGCUGCUACCCCCUUUGCCCAAUACUGCCCGAGGUUUCUUCCCUUGCCGCAUUGCCGCGCUCCGUCUGGCGCAGCCGAACGGUGCCUGGCGGCUCCCGCUUGUCCCGCGGCGCGGGGGCUGGGCAGAGCCAGGGGCGCUGCGAGGGACGGCGGCUGGCGCUAGGAGGACCCGGGAGCGGCUCGUCUCACUGCGCCCGGGGCCACCUCGCAAGCGACUGGUAGUGAAACUGUAAUAGGACAUGGCAACCAGCUUACAGCUUUAUAAGAAGAGUACAUUUCCUCCUCUUCUGAAUAUUUAUCAGCCACCACAUUACAGGAAUGAGGACGCGCAAGAUGAAUCGAUGGGAGAGAGUCUCCCAUCGACAUGCUGCAAUGAAGAUACCAUGAAUGACAAAAACCCCAAAAAGAUGAUGAAAGAUGACAACGGGAAGAAGAGGAACAACAAAUCAUCCUUUAGCGAUGAAGACCAAGAAGAUGCAAUGAAACGGGCCCUGCUAGAACAGCACCAUCUUGAAAACUACAAGAAUCUAUACAGGCUGAGAAAUGCCAUGUAUGUGCGUUACAGGGAUUUGUUGAACAAGAAAGUUCAAAAGCAACGAAUUCAGAUCCAAAUGUCUGAUCUCAACUUCAGACAAAAUCUUGAACAGCAAGGAAGAAAAAAGUGUAUCCCUGGACAUCAAGUGCCCUACUGCAAAUUGUCUCACGAUGCUAAGUACCUCAAGUCUAUUCCACAGUCCAGUAAUUACCUGGUGAUAGGAUUGCAGAAUGAGUUAACUAGACGUGGAAUCUUAAAGAACCAGCAAGAUUAUGAAGACUUUUGGACACUGAUCCUAGAGGGCACUCACGGUUCACGGCUUAAAGAAAAACUUCAGGAUAUAAAAUUUAAAAUGGUUGCAGCUAAGUCUUUUCCUUCACAUCCUGUUGUGAGAACCGGUGCAGCACAGUCAGCAAAUGUCCUUCUGAACAACCGAUGUGGGCAGCUGAAAACGACCUCAGCUUCUCUACCAGGAUCAGUGUCCUGCCAACCACCAGCUCAUCAUCCAAGUAAACUCACGAAGGCCCAAGAAGAAACUGAGCAAAUAUUUCCUAAGCUGCUGCUUUCUUGGCUUUCUGAAUUGCAGAAAAGGCCUGAAGAGCAAUCCAGAACUCAGGAGGUGAGCAAACCUUGCAAAAGGACUAGGAAGCAUUUCCACCAUGAACGACAUCUGAUUUACUUGCAUCAUAUGUAUCAUCUCGCCCUUCUUAAUAUGACAUCUUCCAAGAGACUGCUGGAGAAAAAUGGCCAGUUCGCAGUUGCUGAAAAAGAGCACAGUGUCCAUGAUCUGAUGGAAUUCUUGUUUCCAAGUCAUCAUAAACAACCUGGAAAUAGUUCCACUGAAAGAGGGAUAGACGAAAGCACAUUUCCCAUUUUGCUAGACAGGAAACAGCAUGAGCAAUGUCACAGGGGCUUCUCCAAAACACGCAUCGUUUUUAAAGAAAUGAAAAACAAUUCAAAGGAGAAACAACAUGAAAAUAAAGGAGCUGUUGAAAUUUUGGAGGAUCAGAAAUACAAUAACAGCGCCUUUGCCCCACAUGAAAUGAUCACUGUGCCUCUUACCAUGGAAGAUGUGGUUCUGAACAAUCCAGUUGUGGCAUGUAUUUUUAUUUAUUCUUUUGUCCCCCAUCAGGUCAGUGCUGUAUAGCUUGAAGGAGCUGUCAUACACUUUUAACCCCAUAGAUUAAAAGUUCCUUGUAGUACUCCAAGAACAGAGCUAUUAUAGCAUCAAAUUCUACCCUUCAAUGCACAGGGGGCUCCCCUUGAGAUCAGUGGAAGCUGUGAAGUCAGAGUGAAGGACAGAAAUUUGGCCAAGUGACCAACAAAUACGUGCAGAAACUCACAGAUUUGGGGGGGAUCCUUCUUUUCACUUGAACGGCUGUACAGGAGCAUCAUUCAUCCACAGCUUUAUCCUUUGAAAUGGUGGGAAGUCAGGCAGAGGGGAGGAUUGAACUUGUAGCCAUUUAUGCUGACAGGCUCAGCAUACCAUGCCACAACAAAGACAGUCUGGGUUUGGCAAUUUUCCUGGGGUUCACCACCCAGGAGAGCUUCUCCACUUUUAAGAGGUUCAUUAGAGCACGACCCUUGCUACCAAUCCUUUUGCUGGCCAGUAGCCUUCAGGGUGAGUGGGACUAUAUUGGGGCAAUUAGGGGUGGGUUUAUCAAGGCAUCAGAAGGAAGAUGUAGGGGUGAGCAAGGCAAGGCAGGACAUAUGGAGCAUGAGGCAGGGAGUGGGCCUGCUGGGGAAGAGGGAGAAAAGAUGUUAGGGAACAUGGGGAGAUUACAGCCAUGUCAGGCAGAAAGCAGCAAGGGAGUACUACUAGCACUUCCCUACCCUCUCCACUGGAUGGACCUGUUGCAGAUUGCUGGAGAAUUACACCUCUCUGAGCCAGAGAAGAGCUAUAGAUGUUCUCCUGGUGGAAAGCCUAAAAGGUUAUUGGUUACUCUCUCACAAGCCAGCUGGCCAAGGCACCAGGCUGCAGCACCCAGAUAGUGGUUCAGAGCAGCGUUGCCCCAUGUUGGGCUGUUUAUUAAGGGGAGUGGACAGAAAAGUGUUAGUGCUCACCUACCUUAUACUUCUCCUGUAUUUCCUCCUUCCCAUAAUGUGGCUGUUUAUCUCCCCAACAUUCAUGUUUCUCCAUGUCUCCUCCACACUUCUGUCUCACCAUACAAAACACUUUUUCAUACAUCUCCAGCUCGAUAACAGUGUGGAGAAUGACAUAUGGUCAGUGUCCAGCAGUUUUCUUUGGCAAAACCAUUUGGCUGUGACAAAUUACUGCAAUAACUUUAAUAUUUCACAUUCCUGUAAAUGUCAGCAUAAAGCUGAGUUGCUGUGUGAAAUGAGAAACCUGAACUUUUUUUUAAGUUGGAGAACCACCACAGAACUAUGAGGAAAACAGUGGAAGAGUUUGAAGAGAGAAUAUUUUAAUAAGUUCCAUGUAAGAGUUAUUAAUUCUUGUCCCAAAAAAUUAAAUGGAAAACUAAAUUCUCCUGUGAAAAACUAUCAUAGCAAAUUUGGAGACUAAAACCAGUCUUUAAACUGUGAAAGAGGGAUUGUUCAUCUUGUUUUAUGUGCAAAUCGCAAGGCAAUCCCCACUAUAGUCACAUUGGGCCUAGUUUUUACAAAGGGAAUCUCUCCUCCCCUGCAACUGACUUCAGUAGGAGUUGUGAGUAAAGACUGCAGGACUCUGACCUUAAAUUUACAAACAUCUCUGCCAAACAUUAGAAUGAGAGGAUGGGCUUCUAUGGGCAUUUUCCACUUUCAAGUGAAUCCUACCGCUUUAGCUUUGACAAUCUCCCAUUUUAAAAAAUCCCUUUGCUCAUAUAUAGGCCACUAAUAUAGGUCUACUUGGCGGCAUCAAAAGUAGAGCUGAGCAAAAAUUCAGAAUUUUUGUCCUGGGAGAAAUUCCAAUACUUUACCAUUUUUAUCCCAAACUGGGACAAAAAAAUUGAAAUAUCAGUUCUUUUGCAAAAUGGAAAUUCCAAAGAAAAUCAGUUUAGAAAUGGCAAAACAGCUUCUCAUUUUGGAUUAAAAUGAAACAUUUCAACAUUCCCAAACCAAAAAUGUUUCAUUUUGGUUAGUUGAACUGAACCCCCAAAAAAGGUUCAUUUAGAGUAAUGAUUUCCAUUUCCUUAGUGUGUUGCAUUGCUUCAUGGGAGUUGUAGUUUGGGAGUCUGAUCUCCACAUUCUUCCUGGCCAGACUGGAUCACUCAUGAUGCAAUUGAUGUGACUCUCAAGGCACACAAUUUGGCCAGAGGGGUGACCACAUUGUAUGCUGGGAGAUAUACUCUGGCAAGGAAGCUCAGCCUAUUAGGGGGAAAAUGGGAAUCCAAACCACUACUCCCAUGAGGCAAGGUGACAACAGAGAAAUAGACAUUUUAUAACAUUUAUUUAUAAUAAAGUAUUACAGCAUGUCUGACUAGCUGUUACAACCACAAAUAUUGAUUAUUCAGACUAAUAGAUGUAUGUAGUACAAUGCCUCACUACAGUUAAAUGUAUACAUAUAUGAUCUUAAUUUUUUUUUUAAUUUUAGGAAGCUAAGUCAACAGUUACCUACUGGACUAAUUAUGUGGACAAAGACUAAUCCAUUUUCUAAAGAGGAAAAGGAUGACUAAAAUGCAAACUCACAACAGCAAUAAAAUUGCAGCUUUAUGUAGAUCUUAAUGCUGUAUCCCACACAUACCGUGAUGUACCUAUAUUAUGAAAUCACUGUACUGAAUGUAAUUCAACGUUCUACAGGCCAAAAUCUUGAUCUGAAUGUUGUCAUUCACUUUAAUUAGAGCAGGAUUUGGCUCUAGAGCAGUGCUACUAUGGAAUGAUUCAAAACACAUUUAUCCUUUGUCUUCUGAAAAUAGAUAAUUUACUGUACAAUUGGCUGAGUUCCUAAUCUUUAACUGAUCUACAGUAUUAAUUGUUAGAACAUACACCAAUGAACUAGUUGAUGCUUUUGUAGUUGCAGGUUAUACUGAUAUGAUAAACAAUUUCUCAUUGAGCUCUUGCAAGCUGAGCAAUGAAAGCAAAGGAGGGAGAUUUAAAAAAAAGUAGAGAAGUCUAGUUUAAGAUAAACAAUGACUUAGAUGCAAGACACGCUUUCACUUAAUCAAAGAAGGCAGACAGGCUACUUAUGGGAAUUUGGUCAGAAAUACACUUACCUCAUAGUUCUUUAAUCUAAACAUCUACCUGUAAAUCUAUAUUGUAAGCUUCUAAGCAUUCACUAUAAAAUUAAAUGUGCCCAAUUUCA